UUUACCAAUAUAACCCAAUAUUUUCUUGAGUAACACGCUUCUUUUUCACGUGUUAAGUUUUGCUCCUCCGUGAAGCGAAAAGUCGCCGAGAGGUUGCAGUAUUAUAUUAUAUUGAUUAUAUUUGUGUCUAACGAACAACAACAAAAACAAAUACAAUGGCAGAAGAAGUCAACCCUAAAGCCUAUCCUUUGGCCGACGCCACCCUGACGACCAAGAUCCUCAACCUGGUUCAACAGGCGAUGAACUACAAGCAGCUCCGCAAGGGCGCCAAUGAAGUGACGAAAACACUUAACCGUGGUAUUGCGGAGUUUAUUGUUAUGGCAGCUGACGCCGAACCCCUCGAAAUUCUUUUACAUUUGCCCCUGUUGUGCGAGGACAAGAACGUACCUUACGUUUUCGUCAGAUCCAAGCAAGCUUUGGGCAGAGCUUGUGGUGUUUCGAGGUCAGUCAUUGCUUGCAGUGUUACAAUCAAUGAAGGAUCUCAACUCAAGCCACAAAUUCAGUCAAUUCAACAAGAAAUUGAACGUUUAUUGGUUUAAGUACAAAUUUUUAUAUUUUUUAGUUUUUUAUGAUGACUAUGAAUUAUAUUGUAUUAAGGACUAAAAA